GCGGAAGGAGGCGGUGGUGACGUCACUGCGGGAGCAAGUGCAGCAGACACAUCCUUGUCUUAGCAGGGCCACAGGGCACCGAAGGCAACCUCCGGCCCAACCGCCAGAGACCAGCCACCCUGCUUUCUGGGCCCUCACCCACGACACCCCGGUGGCAGCAGCCCCAAGGAGGUCCCCUGUCCCAGAUCUGCCGAGAUUGCCAGGACCGGUGAGCCCUUUGGAGACCAUCGCCAAGAGAGGCGAAGUGCAUCUUCAGACCCUCCUUGGUUCGGCCUUGCCCGGACCCGGGACCCACGCCAGCCAGCUGGCAGAGAACACCUCUGCCUCCUGCCGUGUAAGUCCCUGGGAAUUCCCAAGAGCCCUCUCGGGAGAAGGUGACAGAAAUCUGGACGCUGCAGCCCUGAGGGCAGGGCCAAGAGCAUCCCUGACUGGAGUCUGGACAGACCGGCCGGUGAGGCCUCUCUCCUCCUUAGCCUUCGGGAAGGAUCGUGGCAUCCUGGAUCAUUCCCUGGAUUCCCGAGGCAGCUCGGGUGUGCACCAGCGGGCAUACUGCUGCCUCCGGGAGCUGGGCAAGAUGCUCUUUGGGGUGAAGGACAUUGCUCUGUUGGAGCACGGCUGCAAGGCCCUGGAAGUGGACAGUUACAAGUCCCUGAUGAUCCUGGGCAUCCCGGAGGACUGCGACCAUGAGGAAUUCGAGGAGAUCAUCCGCGUGCCCCUGAAGCCCCUGGGCAAGUUCGAAGUGGCCGGGAAGGCCUUCCUGGAAGAAGAGCGGACCAAGGCAGCCAUCAUUCGGCUGGAGGAGGACAUCAAUUAUGCCGCGAUCCCCAGGGAGGUCAAGGGCAAGGGCGGCAUGUGGAGGGUGGUCUACAUGCCCCGGAAGCAGGACAUUGAGUUCCUGACCAAGCUGAACCUCUUCCUGCAGAGCGAGGGCAGGACGGUGGAGGACGUGGCCCGGGUCCUGCGGCAGGAGCUGUGCCCCACGGUGACGGGCCCCAGAGAGCCACCUGCCAGAAAGUGCCGGGCGCCCGGGCCCGGGGAGAAGCCAGGGGCCGGGGCCACCGCGGGCGCGGGCGCGGGCGCGGUCGGGGCGCCACCUCCGGACCCCGCGGAGAAGCAGAGCAAGGCUGGAGACGACAAGAGAGGCAAACGGAAGCACAAGAAAAACCGUCGGCGACACCAUGCCUCCGACAAGAAGCUGUGAGGACAUGCUCAAAGAGAACAACAGAAUGCAGAUGUGAAGGGGAGACGGUCUGCCUGGCUGUCCCACGAGGGGGACCUCCGGAGACAUUCCUGGUCCCCUGGUGGGGGUGACUAUGGGCGAAGGGGUUGACAGAUAUGGGGACAGUUGAAGUAGAUAGAGGGGGUUAUUUGGAGUGGGGCUGCCUACACUCCCACCCCUCACUCCCUAACCCUGCACUGCUCCUGGCUACUUACCUCUAAGUGCCAUUUAGGUGCCUAAAAAUGAGGAUUGUGUUCUCUUAGAGGCUUCAGGAAGAUGGAAGAGGUGGGGAACACAGGUGCCACAGCUCAAGGAAGCUGACACCCCCUCCUUGCUCUUGGGGAGCAGGAGAGCUUUGUCUACUGUGCUGGGAGCCCCCACUCUUUGCUUCCUGCCAUUGUAGGACCUGGAACUUCCCCAAGAGCAGGGAGAGAGUUGAGGGACGGAGGCCCAGGCUGGGCACUGCGGUCUCAGGUUCAAGGAUUAGAUCUAACUCACCGCCUGGGAACUGAAGGGACUGGUGCUGGAGGUUUGCUCAGUUCAAGGUGUGCCAUUGGGCUCCUGCCAGCUCACGUCAUAAUCACACCAACACCACUAACUCACACACACAGACCGAUACACUCACAAAAACACCUCACACACACACUCACCUCUAACAGACAUCACACACACUCGCUCACACACACGCUGGUACCCAUAGAGGCUAACUGACACACACUUGGACUGAACCACUCUAUUCCCCCCUCCGCACACAUGCACACACACACACACCAGGAGACACACAGAAACCCAUUCACCAACACCGAGAGACCGUCCCACUCAUACCCGCAGAGGGAUGCAGUCAUCGUCACACACAGCACUGGCUCCAUCCCCCUCAGCCCCGUGAAGAAGCACCCACACCCACAUCUACAGGCAUGUGAACAAAAGCACUGGCCCUAUGGGGAGACCCCUAGACAUGCAUCCAGAGACCCAGUGUCCCCUACCUCUCACCCCCUGUAGGAGCUGUAAGGUCUUUCUGCCCAAGUGGAGACAGAGCCUGCCCCAAGUGGCCUGCCUGACUGGCCCUGGGGGAGCAGGGCACAGGGACCCUUGGGCUGUAGAGGCCCCACCACCAGCAGGAGCUCUGCUUGGGGACUGGAGACCUGGGCCAGAUCUGGAGGCCUGUGCUGGGGAGCCCCAUGGGACUGAUUAGCAGACUGGGAAUGAUCUCUGAAUGCAAGGAUUA